GUCGGUGAUUGUUUUGAACUGUUGGAAGAUUUGACGGAAGGAGGUCAAUAACUCCCUAAAAAUGUUUAUGCCAAGAGCCCUGAAAGUGAAGAGACCUGUCCAGGGAUCGGGAAAAAUUUUGAAUAAGAAAAGCAAGAUACAACAAGAUGAGAGAAAAGAUGAAGGUACUUCAGAGACACCUGUUCAGAAGGAGGAACCAUAUGAAGAUACCAAAACACAGGAUGAGACAAUACACGCAAGUGGAGACUCUGCAGGUUUGACAGAGAGCUCAGUACAUGAUGAUGGACACAGCUCUUCCUCCCAUGAAACAGAAGAGGAGGAGGAAGAGAAUGAGGAGGAGGAGGAGGAGCCGGUCAAAUCAUUCAAAAAGAGCCAGAGAUGGCCGGAGCCAGGGGAACCUGUCUGUGUGAUGUGUGGUCGCUAUGGGGAAUACAUCUGUGACAGCACUGACAAUGAUGUUUGCAGUCUUGAAUGCAAAGCUAACCAUUUGGUGCAAAUGGGAAUGGGGACUGGGGCGGAUGUCUUUAACCGUAAGGACACAAAUGGAGAUGGAAGGACUCCCCAACCUCCACAGUCAGCAGUUGACGGUGGUGGGACGGGUGAAUGUGAAGCAGGGUAUAACUACAGGGAAGAUCCAUUCAUAUCAGGCCUUACAGACGAACAGGUGCAGCGCAUUAAACAAGAGCUAGGCAUUGAAACCCAGGGGACAGAAGUCAGGAGACCCAUCAUUGAGUUUGAACACUGUGGGUUCCCUGCCACGCUGAGUGGGAACUUGAAGAAGGCUGGCUAUGAGGCGCCCACACCAGUCCAGAUGCAGAUGGUGCCCGUUGGUCUCAGUGGCAGGGAUGUGAUUGCCAGCGCUGACACAGGCUCAGGGAAGACUGUGGCCUUCCUGCUGCCAGUGGUUGUGAGAGCACUCCAGAAACCAGCACACACUGUGCACAGCCCCGUUGCUCUGAUCCUGACCCCGACCAGGGAGCUGGCCAUUCAGAUAGAGAGACAGUGCAAGGAACUGGUGAAGUGCCUCCCCAACAUGAGAACUGCCCUACUGGUGGGCGGCAUGCCGCUUCCCCCACAGCUCCACCGCCUCAAAUCCAGCAUCAAAAUUGUCAUAGCCACCCCUGGGCGACUCCUUGAGAUCUUGAGGCAGAAAGCAGUGCAGCUGGACAAAGUGAAGGUUGUGGUGGUUGAUGAGGUGGACACUAUGUUGAAAAUGGGCUUCCAGCAGCAGGUGCUGGAGGUUCUGGAACAAGUCCCUGUAGAACACCAGACUCUGCUGGCGUCAGCCACCAUCCCAACAGGGACAGAGGAGCUCGCUGGUCGGCUGGUCCGUGAUCCUGUCCGUAUCGCCAUCGGAGAGAAGAACCAGCCCUGUGCCAAUGUCAGGCAGAUCCUGCUAUGGGUAGAGGAACCUUCUAAGAAGAAGAAGCUGUUUGAGAUUCUCAAUGACAGUAAGCUGUACCACCCUCCAGUGGUGGUCUUUGUAGACUGUAAACUGGGGGCUGAUCUGCUGUGUGAGGCGGUCACCAAGGUGACAGGCCUGAAUACAGUGGCAAUCCACUCUGACAAGAGCCAGCGGGAACGUAACCGCAUCCUCAGGGGUCUCCUGGAUGGAGACUUUGAGGUGGUGAUCAGUACAGGAGUGUUGGGCAGAGGACUGGACCUUGUCAACGUCAGAUUGGUGGUUAACUUUGACAUGUCAAACACAAUGGAUGAGUAUGUCCAUCAGGUGGGCAGAGCCGGGCGGCUGGGACACAGGGGAACAGCCAUUACUUUUCUCAACAACAACAACAAGCGACUGUUCCUGGAGGUGGUGAAUCGGGUCAAGCCCACAGGGUCCAUCCUACCCCCACAGCUCUUAAACUCACCCCACCUCUAUGAGCAGCAGAGAAGAGAAAGACAAAAGACCAAGCAUGAGGACACACUGGUCACCAAGAACAACCUCAUAGACAUCAUAAGGAAACAUGACCGUCGCAAGAAGUAGCAAGUUGUUCCUUUCAUUCCUGCAACGGUGCUGUAUAUUUAUUA